AUGACUCUUGCACAAUUGGAGGAGGAGCUCUCGCCUUUCAUGAGAUACUCUGCUGCGGAUAGACCACCCGAUACGCCUCGCCUCGCGCUUUCCUUUGAAGCAGAACCACAGUCACACAUCUGUGAUACGUCUUACCGCAUCGUGUUUACAAUCACACGGGAAGAAAAUGACCCGGAAACACGACCGUGUAUCAUUCACUGGGACCCUGUCAAGGAUGGGCUUGGCCAGUCGGGUAUAAUACUGCUUUGUCGUGAAAGUGAAACAGACGAAUGGCAACCCCUCCAGGUGGAUUUCCAACAGUUACCCGCAGGAUCCAUCCACCCGCAGGAAGUAUCCAUAGAAGACCCUUGCUUCAAGCAGCUGGACCCGGGCGACAGCGUCUCCUGGGCUGUGGAUCUGCCAUCUGUCUAUUUUGACGCCCUCGGCACUCGGUAUUCCUACGAGAUUCUAUGGGGAGGUGGACAAAUUCCCUUGUGGGACUGGGGAACAUUAUCAGAGCGCAGUACAUCUCAUCGCCAGCUCGCCCCAAAGACCCCCGCCAUAGUACUUCCCAAUGGGCCACACCAGCCAGUUGAAGUUAUUCACGAUGAAAUCGACCUAGAAGACGACAUAGGAGAAUGGUCUCCAUACUCGCCACCACCUAUUUCACCGUCUAGUCGGAUGGAUGACGCCCCAGUCCUGAGUAUUUACAUCGCUGGUCCUGAAACGCUAUCGGUGAAAGAUCACUCCCUCGCAGCGCGACUUCACUACCCCGUCACAGUCACAAUCUCAUAUGACGCAGCUCCUGACUCAAUGAAUGGCAUGAGACCGAUUACACUUAAUACCUCCACGUUCAAAGCUAUCGAUCGCCACUACGAUGGAUUCAGGCUCUACGUUAAAGAAAACGAUGAAUGGCGUCCGCAUGAAGUGAAUGGUUUGAUCCUACACCACCUCUACAGCUCUAAUCCCUACCCGGUCAAUGUCGGCAAGAACGACGAAAAUAGAUUCCAGUCCUUGGUGCCUGGCGAGUCUUGCUCAUUCACACGGAAGGUGAGUGACUUUCCGAAGAAUUUCGCGCCCGGCGAUCGAUUCCGAUAUGGGUACAAGGAAGCUACACUUGACUGGUGGGAUUGGGGUAAUUUACAUGACCAUGAAAACACCGUGGUGUUGGCUGGGGAGAAUAAAGUCCUUGAUCUGAAUAAUGGAGGCAGACCUAUGGUUGUGGUGCCGGCCAGCAACUGGCUCGAGUUCACAUUGACUGAGUAA